GAGCUUGGGAUGAGCAGCAUUACUAAAAUUUGGGUGACAUGCAUUUGUGUGUGGGAGGAUCAUAUAAAUACUAUCAGAGGCUCCCAUUAAGCAGCAAUCCCAGAGACACCCGUGUCAGGUAGAACAGAAGGCAACACCAGCAAGAUCACAAUGGCUCCAGCAAGGGUGAUGCUACUCAUCUGUGGCCUGACACUGAUUCUUAACUUGAGCGACAUCUCUGCUUUGAAGAUCGGGGCAUUCAACAUUAGGGCUUUCGGAGACUCAAAGAUAAAAAACCCAGCAGUAUCGUCAGUUCUUAUGAAGAUAUUGCCUCGCUAUGAUAUCGUCGUUAUUCAGGAAGUCAGAGAUGCUGACCACAGCGCGGUGAAGUUACUCAUGCAGAAAAUAAACAGCUUGAACACCGGACCUGUGUAUUCCCAUGUGAUCAGUGACACGUUAGGACGGGACGCAUAUAAGGAGCAGUACCUCUUUGUCUACAGGAAUGACAAAGUGACUGUGCAAGAUUCCUACCACUACCACGACCACUGCAUGUACACUGGAGAAGACACUUUCAGCCGGGAACCUUUUGUGGUCAAGUUUAACGCUCAAGGCACAGUUAUUGAAGACUUUGUGCUGAUCCCACUGCACUCUGCACCCAAGGAUGCUGUUCGGGAGAUAGAUGCACUGUAUGAUGUCUAUGAAGAUGUAUGGAACAAGUGGCAAACUGAUAGCAUGAUUUUCCUGGGGGAUUUUAAUGCUGGCUGCAGCUACGUCACUAAGUCUGACUGGGACAACAUCCGUCUCCGUACCAAUGAGGAAUUUGCCUGGCUAAUCCCCGACUCCACUGAUACCACUGUGGGAAAUACCUGCUGUGCCUAUGAUAGGAUUGUAGUCAGCGGCGCAGACUUGCAGGAGGCUAUAGUCCAAGACUCAGUCCAAGUGUUCGACUUUCAGAAAAAAUACAAACUCACACAGGAGGAGGCUCUCGCUGUAAGUGACCACUUCCCAGUAGAACUGGAGCUGAUGUCGGAUUGAAUCAGAUCACCGUGUACCAGAAGCUAGAAUUCUGUUUCUACAAGGAGAAUUAUAUUACUGUGCCUUCCUGUAACUAAAGCGUAAAUAACACACACAUUUCUGUAUGCAAUGCACUGUUCCAAAGACUACAAAAGAAACAUGAACUUUAACUACUUAUCAAAAAGUCCCACUAUUUGCAGCUAUUUAUUUACCUCACUAAAUCAAUGGAAGGGAGACAGCUAUAGUUGUAUAUUUGAUACGGUCCCCCAGAUAUUGUCUUACUUUAUAAGGUCCGAGCACUCUUAUUGCAGUCCAGGAUGACGUUCGGCUUAAUGAUUGCAUCUUCAUUCUCCAGCCAUCAACAGAACCAUCUAAUUCACUUAAGACCACUACAUGGUGCAGUCCUAUCAAGGUCUAUGGAGAAAGUCAUUGCCAUACAUGAGAUCAAGCUCACAUAAAUAAAUGUAAAUACAGUAUACUAUGGGGCAGAUUUAUUAAGGGUCGAAUUGAAAAUUCAAAUUUUUUUAUGGUCAAAACAGUCAAAUUCG